AUGUAUUACGAAGGGCUCGCCCUUCAAGUGCUUGAAAUUUCUGUUUUCAGUUGUGAUUCAUCUGGUUCAUGUUCCAAUUACAAUUUCUUCAGAGACAUAGCAGAUAGAAGAUUGACCGAGUGCAUUGACAAUAUUAUAUCAGAGUACCUUUCUUUUGGUGAUCCUGAGUCUUGUUGUGAGAAGCUUGAAAAGAUGCUUAUGCAAGGUCUAAAUGAGCAGUUAGAAGGCAUUGAAGGAAAAUCAUAUUCUAAAUUCAGGCUGCAUCCCCUACAUUACCUCUCUCUAAAUGCCUACACAACACUGGCUUCAGCAUAUAAAGUUCGUGCUAGUGAUUUCUUGUCUGUUGAUUCUGGAAUAUUAGAUGUAAAGCAGUUACAAGCUUUUGACAUGAGGAGAACCAGUGCUGCAUAUUCUUUGUUACUUGCAGGCGCAACUCAUCAUCUCUUCAACUCUGAAUCCUCACUGAUUGCAUCUGUAGCAAAUUUUUGGACAGGUGCUGGCGAAUCUUUGUUAUCUCUUACCAGAAAGUUUGUUAAAUUGGGUCUGGUUGUUUCAAACCUUGCUUCUGUCACGAAGUUCAAAUGCUCUAAUUGUUCAUUAGUUGAUGGAUUUAGAGCCUGUAUAUCAAAUGGUCAAAUCAGAAGUGCAGAUUUUGAGAAUGUAUCAAAUGAUUUUCUUAAUUGUGUCUCAUACACUACACAGAAAGUUUGGAGUUUCCUUGUCCAUGAUUGCCAUUUUUUGAGAUCAUGUAAAAAUCCUAUCGAUUUCAGCUGGUUAAUGUCUACCAAAAAUUCCAGUACAGUUGAUGUUGGGGCUCAUGUUAACAAAACUGAAACGUGUUACACUCAUGAAUCUAAGAAUAGCUUAUGUAUUUGUGAAGAGCAAGAUUACACUGAUCGCGCAAUAGUACACACUUUUCAGCUCGGAGUACACUGCUUAUCAUAUGGAGGAUUAUUGGCUAGUAUAUGUUAUGGUCCCCAUUCCCAUUUGGCUUGUCAUGUUCAAAAUAUUUUAGAUCAUGAAAAGAAUUUUGGAUUAUAUUUUCAUGAAUUUUGAGAGAUCAUGUGUGACACCUUGUGAAAAAUCUUCUUUGUGCGAAUAUGAAUUCAGAAUUUUUAACCUUAUAGGUUGAUACCUGACGGUGGUUG